CCGCUUGGAGUCCGCACCCACGGCGACUCCUCCGCGGGGACGGAAUGCUUCCCUCCGGCAAUCCCAGCAGCCUCCGCCCGCGCCGCAGUCGCGCCAGGUCCAAGCCAGCCCUGAAGGUACACGUGGCUUAGCGAUGGGGCGGGGCGGGCCGAGCGGGCCGGUUUGUGCGGUGAGGACAUCCGCUUCCGGGAUCCAGCUCUCUGCGCAUCCGAGCCGCGCCACUCGGCCCCAACCCCCGAAUCUGCUGCCGCCACCGCCUCCUUCGCCAGGCCUCUCUAACAGCGUCGACCAGAGCCGCUCCCAUUCCAGAUCCCCGAAGCGCAACCCCUCGGCGUCCUUGCAGCGUCGCCUGGCCCCGAAGGCAGUCAUGUUGGACGGACUGAGCUCCCUGCCCACGCAGAUGGAUUAUAAGGGUCAGAAGUUAGCUGAACAGAUGUUUCAGGGAAUUAUUCUUUUUUCUGCAGUAAUUGGCUUUAUCUAUGGAUAUGUGGCUGAACAGUUUGGUUGGACAGUCUAUAUUGUUAUGGCUGGAUUUGCUUUUUCGUGCUUGCUGACACUUCCUCCGUGGCCCAUAUAUCGCCGACAUCCCCUCAAAUGGCUUCCUGUUCAAGAUUCAGGAUCAGAAGACAAGAAACCAGCAGAGAAAAAAAUUAAAAGGCAUCCUAAAAAUAACUGAAACAUUCUAAGAUUCAACCUUACAAUACUCAUUCUGUUCUUUGUGAAAUUUGUCAUUUCCAAAACAAUAAAACUACCUACAUUGCA